AUGGAGUCAAAAGAAUCAGUAGAGCCAUCUACAGUAGAGAAGGAUGUUGCCACUGGGGAAGUUCGGGAUAUUGGAGCCGAUUUGUAUCUCGAAGCAGAACAACUUACCACCGAGGAAGUAGAGCGAGAGGGUGCUCAAGUACUUCGUAUUCUGGACUGGAGACUGAUGCCGAUUCUCUACGUGACCUAUGUCAUUCAGUUUAUGGAUAAACUGUCUCUGAACUAUGCCUCGGCUUAUACCAUGAUUCCCGAUCUAGGGCUCGAAGGUCAACGAUACUCCUGGGUUGCUGCUAUCUUCAACUUUGGAUACCUUUUCUGGGCUAUACCUGCCAACUUGUUGAUACAAAAGUUGCCUAUCGCCAAGUAUAUGGGUGGUAUGAUAUUAAUGUGGAGUAUAAUAGUGAUUGCCCACAUCGGAGCCAAAAACUAUGGAGGAAUCUUGAUUCUACGUUUCCUUCUGGGUAUGGCAGAAGCAGGAGUCAGUCCAUGUAUGAUGGUGAUAACGUCAAUGUUUUACAGACGAUCCGAGCAGCCUCUACGCAUGGCUGUCUGGCUAAGCGCCAACGGCAUGGCCACAAUGGUUGGAGCUCUCUUGGGCUUCGGACUUGGCCACACCCACGACACCUCCAUUCAUAGCUGGAAACUCAUUUUCCUAACCAUCGGCCUACUCAACUUUGUCUGCAGCGUCGUGUUCCUAAUCCUCGUGCCAGACUCACCGAGCUCAGCAAGGUUUCUUACUCAUCGCCAGCGUAUCAUUGCCGUGCGAAGAGUUGCAGACAAUAUGAUUGGAGUAAAGACCAGGAAGAUCAAACUGGACCAAGCUUUAGAGAAUCUAUACGACGCGAAGGUCCUCUGUUGUGCGGGUAUCGGUAUUGCCUGUGGUGUUAUUAAUGGAGGUGUUUCCAAUUUCAGCUCAGCUCUUAUUAAGGGGUUCGGGUUUAGUGGUAUCUAUGCUACCCUCCUCCAGUUACCAACAGGUGCAUUUGAGGCAGUCACCGUGCCAAUAUGUGGACUUAUUGCAACAUACAUUCCAAACUCAAGAUGCAUUGUUCUUGCUAUAGUUUGUCUCAUCCCAUUUGGUGGCCUGUUAGGAAUUCGCUUUACAGACCUAGAUCACCGAUGGACACUAGUCGGAUGUUGUUGGCUGCAAUACAUCAUUGGAGCACCAGUGAUUAUCUGCUGGAACAUUUUGUCGACGAAUAUUGCCGGUCAUACCAAACGGGCUAUCGCGAAUGGAAGCUGGUUUGCUGUCUAUGCAGCUGGGAAUAUUGCUGGUGCCAAUAUCUUCUUUUCCCGCGAGGCUCCGCGCUAUUAUUCUGCCAUAACAGGUCUUCUGAUCUGUUAUGCGGGUAUUAUCGUGCUUUCUAUCGUGCUGUAUAUUGUCAUGAAAUGUGAUAAUGUGCGAAGAGAUGCCAAUAUGGAUUCUGUUGAGUAUGUGGCAGAGGGUGAUCCAACAUCUCAAGGGAUCUUGGACGGCUUCAAGGAUAUUACAGACAUGCAAUCAAAGCAUUUUAGAUAUGCAUUGUGA